AGAGAGAGAUGUUAAAUCUUUACAUGUGUUUGUAUAGUAUUUAUGGGUGUCAUCACCUCAAUCUUUGAAUUUGAACUGGGUGCUGUCGAGAUUCUUUAGUAAAUUUGCUUUCGCUCUCUCCACCAUCUUAAUUUAUGAUCACAAAGCUUAGUUCAUUUUCUUGGGAUUUUCAAGAUCCUGGCCAACUCCCUUUUCCCUUUGUUCUUUCCAUUUCUUUUAUGUUAAUUUUCAAAAAAUAAAGUGUUUAGGGUAGCACCAGCACAAAUAUAUUAUAAUCUGUCAUUCAUAUAAACAAUGGAGUCUGAAAAUUUUCAUCAACAACAUCAUCAAGAUCAUCAGCCUGUGUUGGACUCUUCUUGCUAUGGACUUUCGUGGUCCCAAAAUCCCAUCUUGAACAGUACAAGCAAUGAUACGAACUCUAGAGAUCUGAAGCAACAGCUAGGCAGUAAUAUGGAUUUUGCACCUUGUCACAACACUAGCAGUAGUCCUUUGGUACAUGUCUUGGGAUUACCCUGGAACAACAGCAUUAAUGUAACAAGCAAUCCUGUCGAAAACUUCAUGACCCACGAAUUGCGUCGUCUUGCAAGAAUCAAAGAUGAAUUCUCAGGCUCCGAAUCAUAUCCAAAAUUUUCGGAAAUGAUUAGCAGUAGCCCAACAUCCAGUAUUGAAGAUUUGCACUUAAACCCCUCUUCUGGAUACAAUAACAAUCAGGAUUUGUUGCUUAGAACAUUCUCCAAUGGGUGUCAAAUAAAAGGUGGUCAGCUUAUAGAUCAAUUCCCAGAUGAUACUACUCCAAAUAAUCAUUUCCAAAAUUGUUCUAAUCGGAUAUCAUCUAGAGGAACUUUUAGCCAGAUUUUGCCAACGAUAAAUAUUUCGAAUUUGAAUCAGUCCCCAGCAGCAAUUUCUUCGGACUCUUUUGAUAUGAACUUGCCAGCUUUGGAUCUCUUCGGUUCGCCAAGAUUGAACGGGAAUUUUAGCCAUCCUUAUUCAUUCAAUCCUCAUCAACUUGGAAGCUUUUUCAAAGACACUUGUUUAUCAUAUGGCCUUGAUAAGAUGCAUCAACCAAAUCACAGGCCAGUAAUUUGCCCUAGUAAAAUAUCAUCAGCAUUCAACACUAGAACCAGCUGUACAGAAGCAAAGAGACCAGCUAGCAAUUACAUGGACACAAAUGCUCCACGAGCCACAAUACCGAAGAAAUCAAAAUUGGAGCCGCGUGCUUCUUGUGCACCUUUUAAGGUGAGAAAGGAGAAGUUAGGGGAUAGAAUUGCAGCCCUCCAACAGUUGGUGGCACCUUUUGGGAAGACAGAUACAGCAUCUGUGUUGAUGGAGGCUAUUGGAUAUAUCAAAUUUCUGCAAAACCAAGUCGAGACGUUGAGCGUGCCAUAUAUGAAGUCAACACAAAAAGCCAAUAGAACAUCAAAGCAAGGGGUUUCAGUGAUGAUAGACGAAAACGAAGAGGCAACAAAAGAUCUUAGAAGUCGGGGGUUAUGCCUGGUACCAUUGCCGUGCUUGUCAUACGUUACAGAUGGAGGUGGAGGCAUUUGGUCUGGCCCCUAAUCAGUUACAAGCUAGGGUCACUCUCAUCCACUUGAAUUGCGAGUAAUUAUAUAUAUAUUGUAACAAGAUGAAACUAGCUGGGGCACAAAAAAGUAUCAUUGUGACUUGAUCUCGAGAAGUCAUACCUACGGAUGAUUUAAGAAGGCCUAAGGAGUUUCUCUUAUGUUUUCAGGGAACAAUGGAGCAAACCUGGUCAUCUUUUAAAAGACGUUAUUAAGGAUGGACCAUGUUUGAUCCAUUGAUUAGUAAUUGAACGUGUUAUUGUUUUUAUAAUUGUUGAACAAAUGCUAGAAGGAUUGUCUUUAAUUGCUAAUGAUGUCUACAUUGACAAAAGUUAACACU